CGCCCGCCGCCCGCGGCGCCCUCGCCCCCGCGCCCGCUGAGCGCGCCCGCCCGCGGCCCAGGUUGGGCCCGGCCGGCGCGGCCCUCGACAGCUGCAAGUUUGGGAGUUGCACGAGUUUGCGGGGCGGGGGACAGGCCGGGAGGGCUGCCAUGGAGGAGGAGCGGGGGUCGGCGCUGGCGGCCGAGUCGGCGCUGGAGAAGAACGUGGCGGAGCUGACCGUCAUGGACGUGUACGACAUCGCGUCGCUCGUGGGCCACGAGUUCGAGCGGGUCAUCGACCAGCACGGCUGCGAGGCCAUCGCGCGCCUCAUGCCCAAGGUCGUGCGCGUCCUGGAGAUCCUGGAGGUGCUGGUUAGCCGCCACCACGUCGCGCCCGAGCUGGACGAGCUGCGCCUGGAGCUGGACCGCCUGCGCCUGGAGAGGAUGGACCGCAUCGAGAAGGAGCGCAAGCACCAGAAGGAGCUGGAGCUGGUGGAGGAUGUGUGGCGAGGGGAGGCUCAGGACCUCCUCUCCCAGAUCGCCCAGCUGCAGGAGGAGAACAAGCAGCUUAUGACCAACCUCUCCCACAAGGACGUCAACUUCUCGGAGGAGGAGUUCCAGAAGCACGAAGGCAUGUCAGAGCGGGAGCGGCAGGUGAUGAAGAAGCUGAAGGAGGUGGUGGACAAACAACGUGACGAGAUCCGCGCCAAGGACAGGGAGCUCGGCCUGAAAAAUGAGGACGUGGAGGCUUUACAGCAGCAGCAGACACGGCUGAUGAAGAUCAACCAUGACCUUCGGCACCGGGUCACAGUGGUGGAGGCCCAGGGGAAAGCCCUGAUCGAACAGAAGGUGGAGCUGGAGGCAGACCUGCAAACCAAGGAGCAAGAGAUGGGCAGCCUGCGGGCAGAGCUGGGGAAGCUGCGAGAGAGGCUGCAGGGGGAGCACGGCCAGAACGGGGAGGAGGAGCCUGAGACAGAGCCGGUUGGAGAGGAGAGCGUCUCUGAUGCGGAGAAGGUGGCCAUGGAUCUCAAGGACCCCAACCGCCCCCGGUUCACCCUGCAGGAGCUGCGGGACGUGUUGCAUGAGAGGAACGAGCUCAAGUCCAAGGUGUUCUUGCUGCAGGAGGAGCUGGCUUACUAUAAGAGUGAAGAAAUGGAAGAGGAAAAUCGAAUACCCCAGCCUCCACCCAUCGCCCACCCGAGGACAUCCCCCCAGCCAGAGUCAGGCAUCAAGCGACUUAAAGAAGGUCCUUUAAGUGACGGGUUUAGCUUCUUCUCCCGAGAUAAGAAGCGCCUGGCCAACACGCAGAGAAACGUGCACAUCCAGGAGUCCUUUGGACAGUGGGCAAACACGCACCGCGAUGACGGGUACACAGAGCAAGGACAGGAAGCCCUGCAGCACCUGUGACCUUGGCCCAGCUCCACCCUCCAGCCUGGACCGCCCACCAUCGGCGCCUACAGCCGAACUGCAGACCAGGGGUCGCUGCUGCCUCAAGCCUCUUGGUGUGGACGCACCCUGAAAACUGACCCCUCAAACAGACUGCUGAUUUGAGGAUGGACAUUGAAAAACUGAUGCCAAACUCUAAAGAAAUGUUUAUUUAUACCCAGGGCUAUCACCGUUUAUAAUAGAUGACUGAUCCCUUAGGAUAUAUAUUUAAUAAUCCCACGAACUGAGGCCAGACUUUUGCGUUAACUUCAGUAACUCAAGUUUCCUUAAGCCAAAUACAUCACUUGCCACUA